AUGACAGGAUGUUUAUGGAUGUUUACAAAACAGGUUCCAACUGCACUCAUUAUACAGGCAUUUAGAGCUAAAAUGGCAACGACAGUGCUACCGAUAACAUACGACUCCACGAGCAAAAAGGUUUCUUUGGAGGACACGGUGCCCCUGAGCUCCUCCAAAGACCUGCAACUGGAAAUUUCACAAGUCAACACGUUAUACACGGACUUCAUCAAGGCGAACUCCGAAUUCCCUCCGCCACCUUCCAAAGAAGCAUUCACCAAAAACCUCUCAAUGAUGGUGAAAAAGAUGCACGAGUCUGCAACCACGCUGAUGCGCCAAAGACAGUUUGCAGACGCAGCCAAGAAGUUCGAUAUUGCGCUCGGCCUCGCCAGUGCCAGAUCCAAGUUCGAGCCAUUCCAGCCUACGAUGUCAGAACUCAUUAUUUGCUUGAUGGGAAGAUGCGACGCUUAUACCAACGCAAACAUGUUCGUAGAGGCUCUCGAAGACGCAGAAGUCUUGGUGCUACUAGGAAGCCAGAUUCCGGACAACCACUUGAGACGCGGCAUCUGUAACCUUAAUCUGGGGGAGUUUUUGAGCGCCAAAUCAGACUUUGAAAGAGGAUUGGCCUUCAACCCUAAACAUCCGAUAUUGUUGAAGCUUUUAGAUAUAUGUCUCAAAAUCAUAGAUGAAGAGAACGAUGAAGCCAAAAAUUAUUCUCCGACUCUGGCUUUCAAGAAGCAGCAGGAUAAUAAUUUGAGAAACCACCUAUCGAAUAAUUCACCUCAAAGUCCAACUCCUAAUCCGAUACAAACUAAUAGCAAAAGGAACGGAGUCGCUCAUGAUUCACUGAACUUUAAAAUAGACUCUUUAUCGUUUUCUCAUGACCCCAAUAUACCCAAGAAAGACCUGCAACUACAGUCUCAUGAUAACCAAUUUCAGCCCCCACAUUCUCAGAGCAGUGAACAUGCGCCUGAAAGAGCAGCAUCUAAUGAUAACACAGGAGUAAAUCCAGACACGUCAUCAGAUAGGCUUCAAACAAAAACACUGAUACCCCCUGUUGCAGAUUUACAAAAUCUGAAAUCAUCUAAAACUACUGAGCCCAUUUUACAUGAUCAUGUUCAGCCUCGGAACCGGUAUCCUAGUCCCACCCAAACCUCCACACACACCUUAAAUUCGGGAGUUGGAAGACUAAAUAGCAUUCUUGAUUCUACUUUCAGAAAGAAAGUUGCAAUACCGACAGCCUCUAAAUUCUUGCUCAGUAAGUCUAGCACUCCCGAAUUGAAGGACGGAAAAGUCGCAUAUGAUAAUAUUCCAAACACUGUGUCCAUGGCGUCAAUACCGAGAGUUAGCAAAGCGGAAUCUCAAUCAUCACAAAAUUUGGGAUUCAUUGAUUUAACGAGUGAUGAUGGAAGCGAUGAUGAUAUAAACUUCACAAAUGUAGCAAACAUGAGGUCCUCAACAGAUUUAACCCGACCCGCUGUUUUCAACCCACAAGAACAAAAACCAUUUAAGUUUGACUCCAACCCCCACAAUCUAGCUAGCAGUUUAAAAAGCGAACCUCUUUCUAUGAAACCCAGUCAAGAAAAUACUGAGGUUACAAAACCACCGUUCAAUAAAUUUGCUUACAAUGAUUCAGAUGACAAAUCAGAAACCGAUGAAGAAGAUGACAUUAUAAUAACUGGUGUCGGUCAUAAUCCAACUAACGCUUUUGAUGAUGAUGACGACGUGAUUCCCCUUGAGACAAAAAAUUCGUAUUUUACACAAACAGUGAAAAGGGAACGUCAAGUUGAGACAGAAGAGGAGAUGGCUAGAAAAAGGCAAGAAAUUCUGAGAAAUAAAAUGAACAUGAUUCAAGAUAACGUUAAAAAGGAAGAAAUUUUUCAAAAUGAGCUAGCUGAAAGAGCUAAUAUUCAGAAAGAAAAAGCUGAACGAGACAGAAUAAACAAACUUCUUGAAAAGUACCCGCCCAUCAAAGCCUUACCACUGAAAUACCAGAUUGAAUUUCCGACUGAGACUAAUUUUGUAAGUGAAGCAAUGCCAAUACUCCCAGACUCGAUUCAAGCCUUCGAAAUAACUCAAGAUGGGGUAACACAUUUACCACCAGAACUCAGAGUAACAAAAUUCAGAGAUGAAAAUUUGAACGCAAUGCAUUCAGUUAUUCACAGGCUGAAUAAGUUCAGUGAUUUGCACAGUAGAAUGGACGCCUUCUUGAAAAAAGCAGCUGAAAUGAGGAAUCAAGUACAGGAAAAGGCUGUCAAAAAUUCAGGUAUAAAAAAGGCUGAUAUCAGGUAUAAUCAAAUUCUACGGUUUCUUGAUAAUAAGAUUAAAACAUUAUCCAAAUAUUAUGGGGAGGUGGGUUCUGGAAUAUUCAAACUAAAGUCUUACAAAAUGAAAAUAAUUGAAAGGUCUAGAUUGCUGGAGGAGCUAAGGAAGGCAUACAUAUUCAACGGGUUUACUCAGAGUGACAUUACACAUAUUGGCACAUAUAUGAAAGUUUUACCAGAACUGAAUUUGGUGAUAAAUACAAUUACCGAGAUGUAUAAACUCACUGGAUCCUCUCCUGCCGAAACAUUGAAGACUGUACGUGAGUUCUCGUUGACUUCCCAACCUAUCCCACCAAUUCAGAUCCCAGCUCAUUCUGAUGCAAUCGCACCUCGGAUUGAUAAUCCACUGAUACCAAACAAUAUGCAAGUAAUUGACGUUGAUAACGAUGAGGAAUAUACAAACGGUUAUGACAACAUUUUUACGCAAAUGGAUCAAUACGUGAAUGGAAGAAAUCCAUCUUAUAUGCCCUUUUCAAAUGUUUAUGAUGAUAACAUGAACCAUCUCAACCCAUAUAGAACUAAUUUAAAUGAUAGUGACGGUAUUAGAAACUUAAUGGAAUCAAUAAAAAUCACCGAGUUCAAAGAAGAGGGUCUUGCUAAUACUCCAAAAGAGCUAUGCAUUUCACUUUUAAAACAUCAAAGAAUAGGUGUAUCUUGGAUGCUUAAAAUAGAAGAAGGAUCCAAUAAAGGCGGAAUCCUUGCUGAUGAUAUGGGUUUGGGUAAAACUAUUCAAGCAAUUGCACUUAUCUUAGCUAAUCCUUCUCAAAGGGAAGACGUUAAAACCAAUUUAAUUAUUGGCCCAGUCUCUCUACUGCACCAAUGGCAACAGGAAAUUGGAAUGAAAAUCAAAAAUGAAAAUAAACUUAGCACGUACCUUUUUCAUUCAACUAAUAAGCUGUCUAAUUUUGAAGAACUUUCACAGUACGACAUAGUAUUGAUAAGUUAUCAAACUUUGGGUUCAGAAUGGAAAAAACAUUAUGCAAAAGAACUCGAGGACGCAAAGAAGGGUAAUGCUCCAAGAGUUCGUAGACGUGAUUAUAAGUCUCCUUUUUUUACUGCCAACGCAAUAUUUCAUCGCAUUAUCUUGGAUGAAGCUCAGUUUAUUAAAAAUAAAAAUACAAUAGCAUCCAAAGCUGUUGCAUCGUUGAGUAGUACAUACAGAUGGUGCUUAUCUGGAACUCCUAUCCAAAACAGGAUUGAUGAGUUGUAUCCAUUGAUUCGCUUUUUGGGAAUUAAACCUUACAACGACUGGACAAAAUUUAAUCAGCAGAUUGCUUUAUCUGUCAAGAGCAGAAGCUCGAGUGCAAAUAGAAAAAUUCAUGCUCUUUUAAGUGCAAUUCUUUUGAGGCGUACCAAGGAUAGUGAGAUCGAUGGUAAGCCUAUUUUAACACUACCGGAAAAGCAUAUUAUUGAAGAAAAAGUUGAGAUGGAGGAGAAAGAGAAAGAGUUUUACAGCUCUCUUGAACACUCUUCCAAGAAAACCGCAGACAAGUUACUUAGAUCUCAAAACAAAACUUAUUCUUCGAUUUUGACUUUAUUGCUUCGCAUGAGACAGGCGGCGGAUCACCAGUACUUGGUUCGUUUGGGAGAUGACGGAGAUCGAGUAUCGAAAUUGGACAGGUUCAAAAAAGGUUUUGAAGCCGUCAAAGACUAUCCUAAUAAUGUUAUCAGAAGGAUUGAAGAUGAACGUGAAAAUGGAUUCACUUGCCUUCAUUGUACGGAAGAGCUAGCAGAAGGUCAGGUUCUACUACUAAGUAAAUGUGGCCACCCCUUGUGCUAUGAUUGCCAUACCGAAUACUUUGAGCAGCACUCGGAAGCGUCAUGGGAAGGAGAUGUGUCUGCCAAAUGUAUCUCAUGUGGGGUUACCAAUUUAUCAAGCAUGUCAGUGGAUCUCAGAGUGUAUGAAUCGUAUCGAGAAGGUCUCACUUGGCAAGAAAUUCGUAAAAGAUACCAACUUGAUUCUCGGGCUUCUGACAAGAAUUGGAGACUUGCCACAAUAAAGAAAUUUAUAGAGGAAGAUGGGAAACUGAUGAUUAGUGCCAAAGCUAACAAGACGAUCGAGAUAGCUGAGAAUAUUUUGAACAACAAACCGGGAGAGAAGGUUAUUGUUUUUUCCCAGUUUGUUGGCUUUUUCGACAUUCUUCAGAUCACACUACGUGAAAGAAACAUAGACUUUUUACAAUACGACGGUUCGAUGGAUAUGACCACCAAAAAUGAUUGCAUCAGCGCAUUUUACAAGGAUCCGUCAAAAAGGGUCCUCUUACUGUCAUUGAAAGCUGGUAAUGUUGGUCUAACACUAACAUGUGCCAAUCACGUCAUUAUCGUGGAGCCAUUCUGGAAUCCAUAUGUGGAGAAGCAAGCACAAGACAGAGUUCACAGAAUUUCGCAAACUCGAGAGGUAUAUGUGCACAGACUUCUAAUUGCCGGAACCAUCGAAGAUCGAAUCAUGGAGUUACAAAAAGAAAAAGAAGAGCUUGUUGAAAGCGCCCUUGAUCCAACAGCACGUAACAAGAUAGGCAAAUUGAGUAGAAGAGAGUUAGGAUUUUUAUUCGGUCUGAACGGUUUGGCCGAGCUAGAAGACGAGUGA